AUGAUGGACGUAGACAUGGAACCGAGCUCUCCCGUGCAGGUUACGGGCGCCAAACGUCGACGGGAAGACGAAGAUUGCGAUGCACACUCGGACUUUGCCGAAGACCGCACUGUGGCCAGUCUGCCCCGACGAGCCAAACGGCCAGCUCUGGACCCUUCUCUCGCAACUCAGACCGCCUCAUUAUCACUUGCGACACCACCGCUCUCGCCGUUCUCCUUACACAUUCGCGCCUCUUUCAGACCCUAUUGGUUCCCAGACGGCGACGUGCUGUUGGUUGUGGCCGACCACAUGUUCAAGCUCCCUAGAGCGAUACUGAGCUGCUCGGAGAUCUUCGAGGAUAUGUUUGCGCUGGCCGACCCGUGCGCUGGGAUGGGGGUGGGUGGGAGUGAGGAGGAGAUGUUCGAGGGGUGUCCGGUCGUUCAUUUGGAUGAUCGGCCGGGAGAUUGGAUGGUCCUGUUGCGGUGGAUCGACAACCCCGAACAGUUCUGGGAGGACGAGGUGCCGUACGAAACGCUCGCCGGCGCACUGCGGCUGAGCACCAAGUACGAGAUUGCGAGUCUACGAGAGAAAGCGGUGAGAGCCGUGAUCAAGAUCUGGCCUCGGGAAGACAGGAUGAGACGGCUGGACACUACUGCAUUCAACUCGCAUCGAGUGGACGCCAUCGCGCUCGCACGGCAAUGUGACCUACCUGAGAUCUUGCCGUCGAUAUUCUACUCGUUCGCUAUCGAGUAUCAAUCCUUCCCAUCGUUAUCACCUACGCUAGACCCUUGGGACGCUCAACGCAUCCUAUCCGCCGUCUCCGCCUUGCAAGACUUUCUCGACCGCGCCACAUCCUACGUCCGCAACAACAUUGGCUCCGACCGUUGUCCAGGUCCAUCAAUACACUGGGCGACCGAGCUUGAGCGCGACGUCGUGAUAAACGGCAGCGGUUCAAGGGUCAAGCAGAAGCACUGGUUGUUAAGGCUUGCGAAGCAUGCGUACAAUCGGCAGGAGAUCGAUGCCUUGGACGCAUGCGAGGAGUGCAGGGUUGGGUAUUAUCGAUUCCUAUCGGACGGUCUGUUGAGGAAGUUGGAGGUGGAGAUGCCCGCUUGGUUUGGGCUUUGA